AUGCCAAGUUGUUUAUCCCACCACAUUUGCGAGUGUUGCAUGUGUCCAAAGAUCCGCAGAUUUUGCCGGAGAUUAGCAUUUUUGAGAAUCUCACCUUUGGCCCCACCGACGGCCAAGAUGAAGAACCACGGCGAGUUCUCGCUAUUUGUCGUCGGCUGGGCCUUAGCAACAAUGCCCUUGACCUGGUUGAGAAGUCCAUGCAAAAAAAGGCGACGGAAGCCCAAAGUCGAAGAUAACUCUCGCCGGACCAUCAUUGGCAUGGUUUCUGGCUCUGUGCAAUCCAUGGCAUGGCGGGAACUGCAGGAGAAGAACAUGGCUCCUGAAAACAGCUUGCCAUUCACGGAAAAGUGCUUGCUUCACCUAGCCAGAGCAUUUGUUAUGAACCCUGAAGUGAUGAUCCUCCACAAGCCCCUGGAGCACUUUGAUCACAUUUUUGCCCGACGAGUUGUGGAUUUGCUGCGAGAGUUUGUCGACUUGCGCGGUAUUGAGAAGCCGCAGGACACCUUGCACUUGCGAAGGCCGAGGACCUGCAUCUUUUCUGUCGGCCAGACCAACAGCUUGGAAGAUGUGGACAUGCUUUUGCAGGUGAGCAACAAAAAAGUUUCCGUGGUCGACCUCGUUUCCUUGGUUCGAUUGAGACAAGAAGUGUCAGAGCUGUUUCAGCGCCUUGACAAAAACGUUGACAACUUGCUGGACCGCGAAGAGUUUGCCGACCUUGCAGUUGUAGCGCCUCCUUUGGUGGAACUAUUUGGAAUUUCUUCAGCCAUUGAAACUGAGGAAGCAAAGCGGCAGUUGAACCGAAUAUUCGACGUGGUAGACGAUAGUGGCGGUGGCAAAAUUGAUUUCGAGGAGCUGAUAGCAUUUAUCCGCGAGCAGUUCGAUGACGUGCUGGAUGAAGCGUCUGAUGCUUUGCGAAACCCAGUUGGUGUUGCCAAAAAGAUAGGCGAGAGAAAGGCCAUGAAGGCAGCGAAGUUGUACAAAGAUUAUGACUCGUGGGAUUCACCAGAUAUCCCUGAGCACACCUCAAUGAUAGGAUUUCCCUCGACAUCGACGAAGGUUCCUGUGACACCCUGCUAA